CGCUAAGAUAACUUUAUCGGUUAUCGCCAGCGUAUAUAAUUAUCAAUAAUUUCUUUAUAAAUCAUAAUUCCACGAGCAAUGUAACUCCGUAAUAGGAAGUAGCACGCGUAUGAGUCGCGGCGGCAUCCGUAAAACAUUUCUUUGAUCUAUACUCUUUUCUUCUUUUUUUAUUUUUUAUUAUACUUUUUUUUCCUUUUUUUUUUGGACCUCGUGUGAUGUCACUGCCACGUGACACCGCGCUCAGUCUGUCAAAUCGCGACGGCACUCUUUUGUAGCAACAUGUGGUUUGGAGCAAUCGGAAGAUGCCGAGCGGUUUUAGCCCCGAUUAACGUCACGGCUAACUUUCGCUGAUCGGAGGUAAUCGGAGGUAAUCGUUAGUAAUCGACAUUUGGAGAGAAGCUAUGAAACACUGCGUGUCGGAGAACGAAGAACUAACAUAGUAGCGCCAUGUGGUAUUAAAAGAGUUCCAAAUACGGAUAACGGUUCCUUGUUACAACAGGUGACGCGGUGGUAGUGUUGGCAGGGUGGCACGAUGGUUUCAAGACGUCGCUGACGUAUCAGUACAAUUGGGAUAAAUCAAACGAUAGUGGAUUAUUCCUUACAGUUGGUUUUGAAGAGAAAUAAAUAAGAAAGAAAAACAAAUAUCAACAACAACAAAGGUUGGCUGGAUUUUACCAAAAUGCCUGGAAGAAAGAGUUUGAUGACAUCUCAAAACACGUUUUUGGACACAAUUGCGACAAGGUUUGACGGAAUUCAUAGCAACUUUGUCCUAGGCAAUGCACAAGCAAAUGGUCGUCCAAUUGUUUACUGCUCUGAUGGUUUCUGCGAGCUCACAGGAUAUGGAAGGCCACAGGUCAUGUCGAAAAGCUGCGCGUGCAAAUUCCUGUACGGAGAAGAAACGGAGAACCCUGAGAAAGAGAAGAUUGAUAAAGCACUGGAGGAGAAAAAUGAGUUGAAGACAGAAAUAUACCUGUACAAGAAAUGUGGAAGUCCGUUCUGGUGUUUGCUGGACAUUGUGCCGAUAAAGAACGAGAAGAACCAGGUCGUUCUCUUCCUCAUCUCACACAAGGACAUCACCCGCGACAAAGUGCUGGACUCCAACAAAAUGGACAUCAAUGAAAACAGUGACGACAAGGACUGUGAUGACGGCGACAAUCACCCCAGCGAUAUGCCAGGCAACUACAACUACCAGCGGCGCCACAGCCGCGCGGUCCUGUACCACCUGUCGGGCCAGUUCAGCAAGCAGAACAAGGCCAAGAGUAAACUGCACCGGGUAGGCAUGCAACAGCUUCAUUCAAUGUCUGGCAAAAUGCCAGAGUACAAGGUGCAAGAAGCAAAGAAGUCCCGUUACAUCAUAGUGCAUUAUGGGAUAUUUAAGAUCGGCUGGGAUUGGCUGAUUCUGCUGUGUACGUUUUACAUUGCCAUCAUGGUGCCAUUCAAUGCUGCUUUCCAACGAGUGAAUGAAGCGAGAGGAUCCAUAUAUUCGGAUGUUUUUGUUGAAAUUUUAUUUAUUGUAGAUAUUAUUUUAAACUUCCGUACGUCGUUUGUGAAUAAGAGUGGUCAGAUUGUGUAUGAUUCUCGGACGAUUGCCGCAAAGUAUUCUCGAGGCUGGUUCCUCCUGGACCUUUUGGCAGCCAUUCCAUUUGAUCUCCUCUAUAUAUUCUCCAUAGAUACGGGCACUGGUUUGAUGCAUUUGUUGAAGGUUGCUAGGUUACUGCGGUUGGCUCGUCUACUGCAGAAGAUAGACCGGUUUUCUCAGUACAGUGUACUGGUUCUAAUGCUCUUUAUGUCAAUGUUUGCUCUGCUAGCCCACUGGUUAGCCUGUAUAUGGUACGCUAUUGGGAAGGAAGAGGUCGAAAAGAACCCAAGGAACAGAUCAGUGGGUUGGCUGUUUGAGCUGGGGAAGCGGAUUGAGCAGCCGAUCAUGAACAUGACUGUGGAUGACCUCGACAUGCCGACGUCCUACAUCACUGCCCUCUACUUCACGCUCAGCAGCAUCACCAGCGUCGGCUUCGGCAACGUGUCCGCAAACACCAAUGCAGAGAAGAUAUUUUCUGUCUGUGCCAUGCUGGUAGGAGCGAUGAUGCAUGCUGUAGUGUUCGGUAACGUGACUGCUAUAAUCCAAAGAAUGUACGCACGCCGGCAGACGUACCACUCCAAGACGAAAGACCUCAAAGACUUUUUCCGCACUCACCAUAUUCCAAAGCCACUGAAACAGCGAAUGCAAGAGUUCUUCCAAACCAUGUGGUCCAUGAACAACGGCAUCGACAUAUCUGAGAUUCUGAAGGAUUUCCCCGAGGAGAUGCGAGGGGAGAUCGGACUUCACCUGAACCAGGAAAUCCUCUCACUGCCCAUAUUUGAGAACUGCACUCAAGGCUGCCUAAAGGCCAUCUCUCUCCAGACUCGGCGGAUAUUCUGUGCUCCCGGCGAGUUUCUUCUCCACAAGGGAGACACGGUCAACUACAUCUACUACCUCUGUAAUGGAUCACUCGAAGUCCUCAAGGAGGAAAUGGUGGUGGCUAUUUUAGGUAAAGGCGACCUGUUUGGCACUGAUGUGAAAAACGACCAGCCCGUGAAUAUCUCUGCGUGUGACGUCCGGUCUCUCGCAUACUGUGAGAUCCUCUGUAUGAGUAUUCGAGCAAUCCUAGAGGAUAUUGCCUUGUACCCAGAAUUCUCAGCCAAGUUCUGCGAGGAACUGCCGCACAACCUCACUUACAACCUCCGAGAGGGAGCCGAUGAGUGGGAUUGUUCUAGUGAGGAAACCCCAGUGGCGCCGAUCACUACACUUCCAUCAAUAUCGGAAGAUGAAGAGCUGGGAGAGGAUGGGGAGAAGCAGGCGUCUGAUGAGAAGGCCAAUGAUGCUGAUGUCAACGACCAUGCAAACAAAGAACAUGCGUCAUCACUGCCGCUGCUGAGUAAAAUGAGUCGAGUCCCCAACGGCGACAUUCAGGGCUUACCAAGAUUACGCCGGUCUUUCUGCGACACUAAGCUAGGCAAGUGGUUCUCCCCGGCCAAUGAAAACAGGUCUGAGUUUGCCAGAGAAGAUGUUCCAGUCCCACCCCCUCCUCCGCGGCCCCUGGAACGUCCGGCCGUGACCACAGACUUACGGCGAACGUCGUCCGUAGGGUCUCGAGUUCCCAGACCGAUCAGGACAACCAAGUUACGAGCCUGUCGGACAUCACCAACUCUCUCACACGCGUCUAACCAGAAGUCUGAGGAGACGGUUCUGGUCCACAGUCUGCAGGUUGAGGUUGAGUCGACGCGGGCCAGCGUGGACCAGCUGGAACACCGCAUGGACUCGCUGGUCUCCGAGAUGAAGUCGAUCAGUCACAAUAUGGAGCAGAUCCUCAAGGUCUUCUCAUCUCUCACCAACAAUUCCGAGUCGCCCGCGUCGCCCAACAUUUCCUUCGGACGGCCGCAGUUCUACUUCGGACAUUCUCCCGACUUCGAGUCUGUGAACAACACCACCGGAUCCCACCAGAGCAUCCACAGCUGCGCCAGCGACCCGCUGUCAAGAGCCUAUUUCGGUACCGGUGCCACAUCGGCGCCACCUAGUGGCGACAGCGUGUCGUUGCAUUCGCACGGGUCGCUGAGGAUGAACAGGAAUACAUACUGUGGAGGAGAUUCGUUCCCAGCGCGGCCGACGUCACCACCCAGACACAGACUCAGCCUGACCAUCCCCGAUACUCACCUGUACAAGACAGACCGAUUCAAUGAGUGUAUGCCGGGCAUUAGAAGCAUUCCGCCAUCUUCGACAUCUGGGAGUCUGUUGCUGUCAGACCAGAAGUCGCCUCAGAGUCUCCCCAUAACGCCAGAACUGAACGAGUGCUCGUCCCAGCCACUGUUGUCAGACCACCACCACCACCACGAUGAUGUGGUUCACCUACACGAGAUGGAGGAGGGCAAGAAUAGAGACUGUUGCCACGACGACGAUGAGGAGGAGGAGGCGGCGCAGUUUGGGGACAAUGUUGAUUCGUGCCACGAUGUCAUUCUGGAAAUUACAGAGCUGUGAUAUUUCAUUAACCGUUUUAUUACUCCAUGGUAUUUGUUUUUUAGCACAAAGUUUAUGAAGCUUUUAAAAGCCAGUAUUCAUUGAACGAUAAUCAUGUAAGUGUGCAUAUUUUUACUUUUCACCCCAAACAAAAGCCCCCCACCCCCCCGCCCCUUCACCCCUGCCCCGCUAACCAUUUUCCAUCAAAUGUAGUAACAUUGAUUGUGCAUUUAGAGGAUUUCUUUCCAUAACUAUAAUAGAGCAAAAUGUCUGCUACCAUAACAGUUCAUAGAAUAAUUAAUUAGCAUAAUCAGUAAUUAACCAAACAUGUUUUCUAGUAUGAAAAAGUAAUGUGAUCAGUCUGAUAUGGUGGUAACUAAAGGGAAAUGACUGAUCUAAGGGAAGUAACUCAUCAAAGGGAGAUGAUCUGUAAAAGGGAGAUAACCCAUAGAAGGAAAGGAAAGAAGAAUGUUUUAUUUAACGAUGCACUCAACACAUUUUAUUUACGGUUGUAUGGCAUCAG